UCGAACCAGGCCGUUUGCCGAGGAGUGACAUUCACGAGGUUAACUUGCUUUGCUCGAAUCCAACAGUGACGACCAUGCCACCGGUCGACACCCCCGCCAAGCCUGCCAUCGAAGACGACUACGGCAUCAUGGAGGCAUGCAAGCAGGUCUUCCGCGUGCCGUCGUUCACGUUGGAGAGCGGCGUGACGCUGGAUGACGUGCAUGUCAACUACAAAACGUUUGGCGUGCUCAACGCCGCCAAGGACAACGUCCUCUUUGUGUGCCACGCGCUCACGGGCAACGCCGCAUUGGACACAUGGUGGGGCGGGUUGCUCGGCGACGGGAAGCCCUUCGACACGUCCAAGUACUUGGUCGUGUGCGCCAACAUUUUGGGCUCGUGCUACGGCACCACGGGCCCGACCUCAAUCAACCCCCACACCGGAAAGCGAUACGGCGGGUCGUUUCCUGACGUGACCGUUCGAGACACAGUGCGCCUGCACAUUCGACUAGUCGUCGACGAGAUCGGCGCGUCGGAGGUUGCAUGUGUCGUGGGCGGGUCCUUGGGCGGUAUGCAAACCCUUGAGUGGGGAUUUUUGGGUCAAGGGCUGGUCCAGAAGAUUGCCGUCAUUGCGUGCGGCGCCCAGCACUCGGGGUGGCAAAUCGGAAUCAGCGAAGUCCAGCGCCAAGCCAUCUACAGAGUACACCUAGAAAAAAUGUCUCAUCGUUGUUAUAUUGUCCUUUUACUCAACAUUUGGACUUUUGUGCUGAGUUUCCAAAUCUAUCAAUCUAUUUUUUGUGCUGAAUUUUGUAUGGAAAAAGGGAGGACGUGUCGUGCUUGGAAUCACCGAAUUAGGCCUCACACUAAUUCGAUGUUUCCUGCAAUCUGAUUGGCUCAAUACGAUUUCUGCCGAAAUAUACUAUAGAUUUAUGUGUCGAUUCAUUUUCUCCGAGUCACUCCAGUUUAGAAUAAUAUGUUGCAACUAUAACGGUAGGACCCAAACUACCGCCAUGGAGACUACGACGACGCGGCGCCUCCACAUAGCGGACUCGCCCUCGCGCGGCAGAUCGCCAUGAUCAGCUACCGCACGCACGAUGUGUACACGGAUAAAUUUGGCCGACACACCCAAGUCGACGACGAUGCCGCCGGAGUGUUUACAGUUCAGUCGUACUUGGACUACCAAGGGCGCAAGUUCCUCACUCGCUUCGACGCCAACGCAUAUAUUGCCAUCACCAAGAUGAUGGACACACACGACAUUGGCCGGGGUCGCGGCGGGGUCGAGGCGGCGUGCCGGCAGCUCGAGGCGCUGCCGAUCCUGAUCGCCGGUAUCGAAUCGGAUUUGGUGUACCCCCUCAGCGAACAAGCCCAGCUACACGCGUACUUGCCGCACUCGGUGUUCCACUCAAUUCAAUCGCCCCAUGGCCACGAUGGGUUUUUACUGGAGCAGGACAUCGUGGGGAAGGCACUGACGGCAUUUUUGGAGUAAGUUUUGAAGCGGACUUGGUGCACGUCUGACAAGAACCCAACGAGACGACGGAAGAUAUAUAUUUGUUCUCUCGUUGGCUUCGUCAAGUCACUUUGACGUUGCCGCAGUGGUCGGUUGAGAAAGGGUUUAACCUACAAUAACACCAAACAUGUACACACAGUGUAACUACCCAGA